AUGGACGCCCCAGAAGCAGAUGUCGACAUCAAACUACAGAAAAUCUCGGCAGAUCUUCUAGAGGACUUUGACCGCUCUCUGCCCCAUUUCCUAUGGAAACCUGAUGGUCAUGGAGGCACAGUAGUCCGCUCGAGGGUGCGCGCAAAGGAGAUCUUCCGACUGACCAACUCUAUUUUGGACCAAUUUCAAGAACUCCCUCAGCUACUGGAUCCUUACCUCCCAAAAUGGAUCCCCCUCCUGGCCGAGGUGUUUCUAAAGCAUCUGCAAACUCGCCAUCGUGGAAAAACACUUUCAUCUCGUUCCAAACUCUUGGUCUCUGUCGAGUUUGCCAUAUGCAAAAUUUUGUACACUUUUUGCAAGAUCCGCGGCGAAAAAGUCAUCGUGCGCUUUCUAAACGUCGAGGCCAAGUAUUUAGAGUUGCUGCUUCUUGCCAUUGAAGAGUCCGAACAAGCCUCUGCCGAUGAUGUUACUCUUGGGAAAUGGUCAUGGGAGGAGCGCUAUGUUGUUCUUCUGUGGCUCUCACAUCUCCUGCUGGCCCCCUUUGAUCUCUCCACCAUCUCAUCCGUUGAUCUACAAGACGUGACAGCACCGGAUAUUCCAGGCAUGUUUUGGCCUGAGAACCUUCCUGCCAUUACUGUACGCAUGGUUCCACUUGCUAUCAAGUACCUCAGUACUCCUGGGAAAGAGCGAGAUGCCGCAAAGGCUCUCCUAGUAAGAAUGGCGAUUCGACGUGACAUGCAACAACUCGGGGUGCUCAAGAGCCUUAUCGACUGGUCUCUUACAUCACUUCGUCCGCGCAAGGAUCAACCUCUUCAAACGACAUACUUCUGUCUUGGAGUAUUGUCCUUCCUCGCUGGUGUCUUGCGGGCAUCGUCAGACACGUCAGACAUGAACCCUUACCUUUCCACCAUCUUUUAUGCCAUACACACCAUUUCUGUUGGCGAGGAUGAACUCUCAAAGACCAUCAUCUCCUUUGCUCUGGCCAGGAAAAUGAUUCUCAAGGUUAUUCGAUCUGUGGUUGUGCUGCGUCUUCGACAACCCCAGGACGCAGCUAGCACUGAACUCACCGAGACCGCUAUUGGAUAUUUGCUUGAAUCGGUUUCUGACAAUGAUACACCUGUACGACUGGCUGCCAGUAAGUCUCUGAGCAUUAUCACACUGAAAUUGGACCCCGACAUGGCCUCACAAGUUGUCGAAGUCGUGCUGGAAUCACUGAACCGAAACGUUCUUUGGACGAGACCAGCUGGAGGCAAACCAGUCAGAGAUUUGUCCGCUGUAAAUAAUCUCGAGUGGCACGGCCUGAUGCUUACACUCUCACACCUAUUGUAUCGGAGAUCUCCGCCAACUGAGCAGCUGUCCGAUAUCAUCCAUGCCCUGCUUUUGGGUUUGUCAUUUGAGCAAAGAAGCAUGGCUGGAGGAAGCAUUGGCGCUAAUGUGCGUGACGCUGCUUGCUUCGGCAUCUGGGCUUUGGCGCGCCGAUAUACGAGUGACGAACUUCGUGCAGUCCCCACAGACUCUGUCUUUGCAGCAAAGGCUCACCCAGAUACGAGUUCCAUCAUCCAAGUUCUGGGGACAGAACUCGUCGUGACCGCUUCACUAGAUUCCGCUGGAAACAUCAGACGCGGUGCGUCGGCGGCUCUGCAAGAACUCAUUGGACGGCAUCCCGACACCGUCGAACAAGGUAUUUGGGUAGUACAGACGGUCGACUACCACUCUGUCGCCCGACGUUCUAGAGCGAUCGAGGAGGUAGCCGUUAACGCGACCAGGUUAUCGAGUCAGUACGGCGAAGCCAUCAUUACUACUCUCCUUGGCUGGAGGGGUAUCGGUGACCUUGAUGCUGGCUCGAGACGUGUCACAGGUGCCGCUUUUGGCGUCCUUACCUACGAGCUUUCAGACUCAAAGACAGGCGAUUCGCUUGCUCGAUUCAAAGCCACUGUCCAACUACUGACUGAGCGUCUUGAGUCACUCCAGCCGCGUCAAGUCGAGGAGAGACACGGUCUGUUGUUGUGUUUCGCAGCUGUCCUCGACAAGUUCCCUGCUCUGCUCCAAACCGACACAACACAGGAUAACUCGUCAUUGAUUGAUGAGAUAUUAUCGACAGUGUCAGGGUUAUUGGAGAAUUUACAGUCGACUGCCUAUCGAAAACCGGAGCUACUCGCUGAAGCAGCAAGUCGCCUUGUCGUCUCAGCGUUGCCUAUCCUACAAACCGCUGUUCUCGGCGCAAAGCCUCAGUUAGCCCUUCGACCAGGGCAAGAGCUCGUUCAGCCCGAUAACACGGCUGAAUAUACAAGUCUAGUACCUGAGCUCGAUUCUUGCAACAAAGAUAGAAGCGCAACAGUAGUACGCCUGGUAUCUGCACUGCGAGCUAUUAUUCCCACAUGGCUGGAUCGUAGCGAGCAAGAGACUAUCGAGCCGAUUGCUUCUGCGUCACUUGUCCUGCUGCUAUUCUCCCCACCGAGUGAGAGAAAAGCGCUCAUAAGCGAAUGGUCUGAGACUGUUAAACGCCGCCCUACAAGUCGAACUGCCAUGCACGGCAAUGGCUACUUUUCAGCACUUACAAUCGCGCAGCCCCUGGUAGACUCAUCCGAGGAUCUGGCUUGCCAGGCACUCUUGGAGCGAUGGGCAUGGGAUAACGAAAUUGAUACUCGGGUGGCUAUUUUGCAGAGCCUGACACGCAGCAGUAUUUUACACAAGAAGCCUCUGACAUUUUUACAGUUGAUCGCUGAAGGGUUGAACGAUUAUACUACGAAUGCCCGGGGAGAUGUUGGAUCACAUGUCCGUGUGCAGGCUCUCCGAGCUGUUAGAGUAUUAUGGGAUCAAUUGGAUGGGGCCGCAGUUGAGAGUGAAUGGGCAGAGGCAUCUGUGAGGGCGCUCUUCUUCAGUACUCUUCGUCUUUCUGCCGAAAAGCUCGAUCGCGUCCGUCCUGAAGCCCAGGCUGUAGUGGCCCUUAUCUUGGAGAAAAGCCACACAAAAACCUUUCUCGAACUCACGUUUUCCUCAAAAGCUUACUUCCUCAGUCUGCUGAACUUGUAUGGUGGGGCAUGUCUACAGCCAUUGCUUCACAAAGUAGUAAAGGAAGAUACGGGUCAAUGGAUGGCAGAACUUAUGGCUGGUUUCGUCGGAUCUGCAGACACAGGCAACGAAGACCUGAUCAUUGCGAGUCGAGCGGCGCUCUGUGGCUUUUGCGAAGCCAGCAACGAAAACCUAGACCUUGUCUGCCAUUCUUUAUUGCAGAACCUGAAAACUCGACAGGGUCAAGAUAGAGUUGUCGUGCCGACUCUAGAGGUUGUUGCAUUCCUGUUCCACGUACAAGUCUUUCAAAAGAGUACUGUCGAUCUCCGUAGUCUGUGCCUGCAGACCCAGAAGGCAGGAUACAAGACGGGCAACGUGCGUAAGCUUGAGGCAUGCAUCAAGGUCUACGCUGGUGCUGCAUCGAUGCUUGGCCAAGGAGGUGCCGAGCCAGGAGCCCAUGAAGCUAGAAAACGCUUGGGAGCUCUGUUGCACCAUCCAUGGCCCAAGGUUAGGACCAUGGUGGUAGAUGGACUCUGGAGUGUGCUUGGGGAACAAAAGGAGGCUGCAGAUAAAUUAACAGGUGUAGACUGGGGUCAAGCAGGGAUAUCAGAAGUGUGUCCCAACGUGGCAGCUGAAUAG